AAACUCGCAGAUUUAAAAGGAAGAAAAGAAAUAAUAAUAAGCCAAGCGAAAGCGAAAGCCAAAGCAAUCUGAGCUUUGAACAGAGUGCGCACAGCGAGACCGAGAGAGAGAUCGGUCAUCCAUCAUGAUCUCGCAAUUCUUCGUUCUAUCGCAGCGCGGCGAUAACAUUGUCUUCCGUGAUUAUCGCGGUGAAAUACAAAAGGGAAGCACAGAAAUAUUCUUCCGUAAAGUGAAGUUUUGGAAAGAGGAUGGGCAAGAGGAGGCACCACCUGUCUUUAAUCUGGAUGGUGUAAACUACUUCCAUGUGAAGGUUGUUGGAUUGUUUUUUGUUGCAACCACAAGAGUUAAUGUGUCACCCUCUCUCGUCUUGGAGCUUUUACAAAGGAUUGCCCGUGUCAUUAAAGAUUACCUUGGGAUUCUGAAUGAAGAAUCAUUGCGGAAAAAUUUUGUGCUUGUGUACGAGUUGCUUGAUGAAGUUAUAGAUUUUGGUUAUGUACAAACAACAUCCACCGAAAUGUUGAAGUCUUAUGUUUUUAAUGAGCCAAUAGUGGUUGAAGAUGCACGUUUGCAAUAUUCUGCCCUUUUUAUGCAAGGGACGAAAAGAAUGCCAGGAACAGCUGUCACAAAAUCUGUUGUAGCAAAUGACCCUACGGGUAGGAGGAGGGAGGAGAUUUUUGUCGAUCUAAUUGAGAAAAUCAGCAUCACCUUUAGCUCAAGUGGAUAUAUACUGACUUCUGAGAUAGAUGGUACCAUUCAAAUGAAAAGCUAUCUCACUGGCAAUCCAGAAAUACGAUUAGCUCUUAAUGAUGACCUGACUAUAGGAAGAGGAGGGAGAUCAGUAUUUGAUUACAGGAGUUCAUCUGGGACUGGAGCAGUGAUAUUGGAUGAUUGUAAUUUUCAUGAAUCUGUACAUCUAGAUAGUUUCGAAAUGGACAAAACUUUGAGCUUGGUACCACCAGAUGGUGAAUUUACAGUCAUGAACUAUCGAUUGACUCAGGAGUUCAAACCUCCUUUUCGUGUAAACACUUUGAUUGAAGAAACAGGAGCCCUUAAGGCUGAAGUAAUUAUUAAAGUACGUGCGGAGUUUUCCUCAAGCAUUACUGCAAACACAAUUAUGGUUCAGAUGCCACUACCAAAAUAUACUACGAGAGCUAGUUUUGAGUUGGAACCUGGAGCAAUUGGACAGACAACAAAUUUCAAGGAAGCAAAUAGGAGACUUGAAUGGGGUCUAAAGAAGAUUGUUGGUGGAUCUGAACAUACUCUGCGUGCAAAGCUAACAUUUUCUCCGGAAUCACAUGGAAAUAUUACAAAAGAAUCUGGGCCAGUUAGCAUGACUUUCACAAUACCAAUGUAUAAUGCUUCCAGGCUUCAGGUGAAAUACUUGCAGAUAGCAAAGAAAUCCGGAACUUCUAAUCCAUAUAGGUGGGUGAGAUAUGUUACUCAGGCCAAUUCGUAUGUUGCUCGUAUAUGAUGCGGUUAAAACUUCCUGUUGCCACCAUUUUUUUAUAACCAAAAAAAAAAAAAAAAAAAAAAAAAAAGGGGUUAAAAGAGAGGGCGAUCAAAAUGGCUUCCCUACCUGGACAUGACCAUAGUUGCCCCCACUUUUGUUGCUAGCUUAUCAUUCUAGUUGAAUUAUACAUCAAAGUUGUAUUCAUGUUUUUUGCAUUUGAUUCUUGUGCUAGUUGCUUUUUAUCUAGAUUGGGUUCUUGUCUCUCUAGUUAGCAUUGUUUGUUAAACAUACAACAUUUAAAUAAGUGUCUGGACAUUUUUUAAGAAUGGAAUGUGAUACAUUAAAUGUAAUGAUUCUGAGCCCUUGGCCACUAAGACGCGUGAUAAUGGAGGAGUUGGGGUCCAAUCAAUCAGUUUGCCUACUGCCAGGUGGUAGUAGUAUAAUGAAGGCUAUGAAGCUAAGAACAAACAGAUGAAUUUCCAAUGACUUCCAUGAUAGAGUUCUGCUAUAUCUGGCGAGCCCAUCUACCAAGCAGUUUGAUAAUUGUGCCAUGGAUAAGUGGUUCAACCAACAGUAGACAGCCAUUCCAUACAUCCCUGUUUAUCGCCCUCUAUAAAACACUGUCAAACUUUGCUUGCAAACCAUUCUCAUAGGAAGCCUAACUUUCUUUUGAAUUGCCAAUCAAAGAUUGUAAUCCAGACAUGAAUUGUCCCAAGAAAAUGUGCAUUCUAUUCUUUGCAAUGCUGCUAAUAAGUGGCAGUGAAGUUCUUGCCUCCCGCUUCCUUGCAGAAACAACACUGCCUGAGGUUCCCGUGCUUCCUAAGCCUGAACUCCCGCCUCUUCCUACACUGCCAAACUUGCCUAAACCUGAGUUUCCGACUGCCUCAUGUGGCAAAGCCUGAACUGCCUCCAUUGCCUAAACUGCCUGAAUUGCCACCUUUGCCCCCAUCUCCCAGAUCUGCCAAAACCAACAUUGCCUACAAUCCCAUUCCCAAGCCUUCCAAAGGACAUACCCGUUUCUUCUUUACCCUACCCCACUCAACUUCUAGUCCUUGAGUUUCCAUGCUUGGCAUUCAAAAUCACAUCUUAUUAAAUCUAGUAUAUGCGGAUCCAUCUGGGUAAUUUGUGCAGCAUUGGUGUUAGUAUUACCCGCAGUGUGUUUUCUUUGUGUGUGGAAAUUCCAUGUGUUUUCUUGUAAUUGUGGUAGAUUUUAUAUAGGGGAUGUGUAAUAUCUUUUCUUUUUUGAAUUUAUAUGUGCGUUUUCUUGUAAUAGUGGCUGCUUCUCUCAAAGAGGUGUAAUAUCUGUUCUGUUUCAAUCAUAUAUAUAUUGUUGUGGCUUAGUUUCAUCA